AUGCUUCCAACAAGGGAGACGUACUACCGAACUAUCAAUGCCUUGUUGAGGAAUGUUUCGACGUCAGCAUGGGUCACUGACACCUCACUUACAUUUCCUUUUUGGCCAACAUCUGAAUCGGCCCAAUUCGGUCCAAAUCUGGAGUCGUCUUUUGGCACUUGGAACACAGAAACCAUCACGUUGAAGUCCACUUAUGAGUGUGAAGAGAUGAAGUUGGAAAGUGCGGAUAUGGCUCCCCAGAACUUUUCUGGUGUUUACACCACCCAGCGUUAUGGUCCAUUCAACGGCACGCAACCAAUGGUCACCUUUAAGUUGGCGUCCAAAGAUGGCUGCAAAUACCAACUAACGAUUCACCCCGCCGUCGAUCUCGCCAGUGCCGGUGGUGUCACAUGGUCCAAUGCCUCGACAUUCUUUCCCAUCAGUUCAUCGAUUCUACCCCUUGGUGGUAGACCUUAUGUGAGCGGCGUGAGCCCGACACAUCUGUUCGCUCGGUACCAAACUUCAGACCAGUGCAAAGGCCGCGACAUCAUUACCUUGAGCUCAGCAUGGACUGCACCGCUUAAUAGGACCUGGCAGAGUCCCUCGUUCAUACCAUUGAACCAGACAUAUGAACGCUCCGCUGAAUUCAGAAUGCGAGGCAUCCUGUGCGAAUCUAAAUACUUCAUGAACAAUCAGAGCAUGGAAGCGGCCAUAUCAGGAAAUAAGCAACAGAUGCUUAAUUCCAACUCGGAUCUUCAUGAGAACUGGCAACCACUUCCGGAAAGUCUGAUAAAUAUCAAGAAUUUUGAGGCUGCAAGUAUGAAAAACGAUUGGGAAAGCUACUUUGAUGCGAAAGGCAUGUACCUUACGGAAACUAAGCCCGCCAGCGGCAUAUAUCCCGGCUUUUCAGGCAUGGCACCCCUCUUGGCUACAUCUUUCAACUAUAACUUGACUGCCAUGCUGGAAAAUCCUAAUAUUGCUCAGCGAGCGGCUUCGAUGAAGGGUCGCUUUUUUAUGGAAACCAUGAGAGAAGCAUUCGAUAACCGCGAUAUCCUGGAACAGGACGUUACCAGUGGUGAGGCAACCAUUAUCGCAAAUCGUGUUGUCGUUUUGCAAGAGAUCGGGUUCACCCUUGCUGCUUUGUUCUUUGCAUCGGCUGUCCUCCUCGUUGUCGUAUUUUUCAGUUCUCGACUACGCUACCGGCCGCUAAAUCUCCAGUCGGAUCCAGCUAGCACAAUUGGUCUCAGCCUCAUGCUGCAGCGACGACUUGGCGCAUUGGGCCCAGUCGAACGCAUGCACAAUGCUUCGCGUGUGGAUCUGUAUACCGGUCUUCAGAAAGAGAAAUACUUCACUUCAGAUAACAUCUUGCUCAAAGGUGACGGCAACACUGGUCUUGUGCUUACACUGGUCAUGGUCGCCAUUCUCAUUCUGAACGCCUUCUCGGCGCGCUCGCAGCUAUCUCAAGUUGCCUUCAUCUAUGAAGCUAAUGUAUCAAAGCUUGGACUCAGCUUUUCUACAUUUGCACCAAUAUCUAUUGCACCAACUGUUGUUAGUAUUGUGGUUGGGCUAUGGUGGGAUCAGCUCGACAGUACAUGGCGUAUCCUUCAACCCUUCAUCUCCAUGUCUCGUGGUCCGGUCCCGAUCAGGGAUGGAGCCGGUUUGACAUACAGGUCCAAGACUUGGGCUGGGGCGGCAUUCAAGUCCGGACGCCAAAAGCAUUGGGUUUUGCUCUUGAUUGCGAUUGGUUCUGUGCUUGCACAAGUCUUGACUGUCUCCAUGUCGGCGCUCUUCGAAAGACAGACUCACAACAUCGCUCAUCCGGUCUCAUUUCCGCGUUCUCUGGAAAUUCGACAGGUACCCGUCAUUAACGAAAUUAAGGACGGUUACAACUCAGUGGGUUCACCCGCAGACAAGGUGCUUGACAGUCUGUACCUCGAUGCAUCAAAGAAUUGGCUCUACGGUGCAGGUAUACAGCAAACGUUCAAUGGCUCUCGACUUCCUUGGUCCUCGGAUGGCUGGAGCUUCUUGCCCGUCGAUCUGCCUACAGUGUUCGACAACACAAGCAACCAGGCUAUAGCGAGUAGCGGUACCGAUGGUACCGAUCACACAGCUUCAUUUUCGACCAAUGUUACCAUGAAGACACCAGCCAUCAGGGCAAGGCUGGAUUGCACCGUCGUUGAGGAGAUCACAAACACAUCAUCGUGGAUCACCCUCUAUAACCUCACAAAUCGGUCUGCGAGUUUCAACCCACAAUAUUUCUCACAAAUCAACAGCUCCGGAGAGGUGGAACUGUACAGUCUCGAAGACUACAUGUUCACUGGUAGUGACUCACGCACAUUCACCAUGUCCAGUCCCACUUCGGUUGGUUGCUGUCAGAAUGGCACAAUUUUGGACCCGCAACAAUCGUUAUUGGGUUACUGGUCACCUGUUCUCCCACCAUAUCGAAAUCGCACCGUGGACGAGGGGUUUCCGUAUAACGGACUCACAUGGCCAUUGAAAUUCACCUCGAAAUGGAUCGUCGGAAAAGCCAUUACUAUGCUGGACCGUGGAAAUACAAGCUAUGUGUAUUACAAAGAAAUACCACGAAUGCAGGCCGCUCAGUGCGCACCAAUCAUCGAGACGGCAGAAGCAUCGAUCACGUUCGAUAGUGCGACAGGCGAUGUGCACUCUCACACAAUUGAUACUGUGCCCCUCGCGAAUGAUGGAGCAUGGUCAGACGUAUUCACGUUGCACGAUGCCCCAAAGGUAGAAUCAAACGACGAAAGCUUUUGGCCCGAGUACCCCCAAAACGUUACAACGUCGUUCGGCAUACUAUUCGUUGGAGCUUUGCUCGGAUUAGCUGAUAGAGAGCAUGCAAACGGCUACAGUUACGAAGAUCUAAAGCAGAACGCCUUCGUCUUUCGCGACCCCAACAACGGCAUCAACAUGGACUUGAUGACCUACUCCAUGUAUACGCUCGCCAAAAAAGACCCUGAAGCACUCUUGAAUUACACAGUCCUCGCCACACACGCGGACCGCACGUUCCAAACGUUCUUCCAGCACUUCGUCAACAGCGGGUUAUCACCUAGUAGAGGAGGCUACGCAUACCAGCCCAUCAACGAUGAUAGCAUGACCACUCUCACACACUCGGUCGAUGGAAAUGGCACCGCGAUUGCCGAGAAAUCUUUCCCGGUUCUCAACACAAAUCGCACGGUCGAAGCCUCAAUCAGCCAACGCAUCCGCGUGCUCCACAUGAACUCCAUCGCUACAUAUUUGUCCGUCGCCAUUCUCAUAUGGCUUAUAUUCACUACUCUGAUAGUUGUCUGCUUGCAACGGCAAUACACGCGCUUCAUGAAUCGCGACGUACACCUCAUUGCAGAUAUGCUGGUGCUUGUGGCUGGUAGCGACAACUUACUCGACCUCGUGCAGGACAAGGGCGUAGGGCUUAAGAAGAACAAAGAUGUCAAAACGAUGCUAGGGUGGUUUAGGGACAGGAACGGUGAGGUCAGAUGGGGUGUUGAGGUUGUCGGGGGGAGGAACGCGGUGGAGUGGGUCGAUGCGCCGAAGACGGGAUUUCAUGUUCCUGUCAAGAGUCCUCCAUCCAAAUUAUGGGGCUGGAGACCCUGGAAGAAGAAUUAG